CGGAAGUGAAGCCCGUCUGAAAACCAGUUAAUUUUGAACUGUUUACACAACUAUUUAUAUAAAUAGUGGACAGCACCACUAAUAAUGAAAGCGAACGUAAAAUCUUCACUUUUACAAAAAAGUCCGCUGCAGAAGACCGCGAUAACUGGGGCUGACCGCGGGACGAGGCCAGCAGAAGUUCCAGCGCUGAAGUUAGAGACCCUGUGCGACGCGGAGGAGGAGCAUUUCGCCAUAAUUGCAAAGGAUGCUGCUAUCAAGACUGUCCCAGGAGAUUUGACAGCCAUGAGCUGGGGCUCUCCAGCCUCCACACAAUCAAAACAGUGUUUUGCGACAGAGAUGAAGAACGCAAUUAAAAAUCCGGUGUCUGCUGUGGAUUACAGAGAAUCACUACAGCUGAGCCACAGAGUCCAGACACAAAGAAGUCCGCUGUCUAGUCACAAAGCAAACCUGGAUUCAUCCCAGUUCACAUGUAAAAACACAGCACAACCCAGCUACAACCAGACCAACACUGUACGACCAAACAGCAGGAUGAGGGAUGCGGAGGAGCUUACAGAGGACAGGAAACUGCAAGCAGUAAUUGAGCAGGUUAUGGUGGAUCAGCUGUCGAGGGCUGUCAUUAGCGAUCCGGAACAGAAUGCUGUGUCUGUCAGUCCCACGAGUGUCCCACCACGCUACAGGAGAACUCUUCACCACACUAAGGUAAAAACACAGAUGUCUUUAACAGAGAACAUCUUAUCCAACAAGCUCUGCUUUCAAGCCAGGAUUUCAUCAAGGUGUGGACGUGAGGCAUGUCGGAAACUGAUUGGCUUCUUUUUCACAUGUGACCGAACACUGACCGUGUAUGAGUACCGAAAUUUUGGUAAAAACAGAUGGAAUGCACUGCCCUUUAUCACGCGUGGUGUGUAUUUGAGUAGAGGGAGGCCGUACUGCCUGCAGGACAUCUCACAGGGUGCAGAGCUUCAUUUCUGUACAGACGGCCCACACCUCCCCCAAAGUCUGAGACAGCAGCCGAGUCUGACCCUCAGAGUUACUGAUGUGGAUGAUACAGCCAAGGGAGCCCUGCUAACUCAGUCUGGGGAAACUUUACAUCAUCUCUCUGAAGAGGAAAUCAACAGUGGAAACACUCUGAAGGAAAUUCAAGGUGCAGUACGUGAUAGGUUGAGGGGACGUGCGGUCCAAACCCUGAUCAGUCUAGGACGAGAUCUGCAGAACUUUGAUCUAAAGGCUGACAGUAUUCAGCAAAAAGAGCUGCUCAGACGAUCUCUGAUGGACCAGCAAUGCCUCACUCAGCAGGACUUCGAGGCGGUGUGGAGGAUUGUGAGUCGGCGUGCGGAGGGGCGGGUGCACCCCGCUGACGUGAUGCGUGCCGUUACCGGGGAGAUGAGCGAGAACAGAAAAGCCAUCUUCCUGAAGGUUUAUGUAAAGCUUGACCCAAAUAAAACCGGCUCCAUCUUCCUGAGCGAUAUUGAAAAAUUCUAUAGAGGCAAACAAAAGUCUGACUCAGCACUCGAAGCGGGUCCGAACCCUGACUUCCUGACCUUCGUACGGGAAGCAGGAAAGGUCACCAAGACUGUGUCCUACGCUGACUUUGAAGACUAUUAUGAGGGUCUGAGUAUUGAAAUCCCUGAUGAUGAAGAAUACAUUAACAAUCUGAGAGCUACGUGGAAUAUCUGAGAGCAUCUGCCUUGUUUAUAGAAUGACACUUUCUGAAUUAUGUUUGUUAAUAGUGUUUGUCACUAUAUAUUACUAUUCAUAUUCAUA